AUGACAUCAACACCAGACUCUCGUUCAGUUUUAACAGUAAUUAUUUUAGGUGCAUCAGGUGAUCUUGCAAAGAAAAAGACCUAUCCAGCACUCUUUGGUUUAUAUCUUAGAGAUUUGUUACCAAGCAACACAAUCAUUUAUGGUUAUGCUAGAUCACAUAUUGAAAUUGGUGAUUUCAAAGCUAGAAUCUCAAAAGGAUUAAAAGGUGAUGAAGAAAAGAAAAAACAAUUUUUAAAUUUAUUACAUUAUCAUUCAGGUAAAUAUGAUGAAAAAGCAUCCUAUGAUGAAUUUGAAAAAUUAAUUUUAGCAGAAGAAAAGAAACAACAAGGUGUUGAUAAAUUCAAUCGUUUAUUCUAUAUGGCAAUUCCACCAUCAAUUUUCAUUGAAGUUAGUAUUGGUAUUCAUGGUUCAUUGAUCUCAAAGAAUGGUUGGUCAAGAGUUAUCGUUGAGAAACCAUUUGGACGUGAUUUAGCAUCCUCAAGAGAGUUGGUUAGUGAAUUGGGUAAACUUUUCAAAGAGAAAGAUUUAUUCCGUAUCGAUCAUUAUUUGGGUAAAGAGAUGGUACAAAAUUUAAUGGUAUUAAGAUUCGCCAAUGCAGUAUUCGAGCCAUUAUGGUCAAAAUCACAUAUCUCUUCAAUCACCAUCACAUUCAAAGAAGACAUUGGUACCGAGGGUAGAGGUGGUUAUUUCGAUCAAUUUGGUAUCAUUAGAGAUGUAAUGCAAAAUCAUUUGCUUCAAGUACUCUCUUUGGUUGCAAUGGAGCCACCAGUGUCAUUGAAUGCCGAUGAUAUCACCAAUGAAAAGGUUAAAUUACUUCGUUGUAUUCAACCAAUUAAAAUGAGUGAAGUUGUACUCGGUCAAUAUACUUCCGAUCCUGAAGGUAAAAUUCCAGCCUAUUUAGAUGAUGAAGGUGUUCCAAAGGAUUCAACCACUCCAACCUAUGCUGCCGCUGUUUUCCAUAUCAAUAAUCCAAGAUGGAGAGGUAUGCCAUUCAUCUUAAAAUGUGGUAAAGCUUUAGAUGAAAGAAAAACUGAAGUUAGAAUUCAAUUCAAACGUCCAGAUAACUUUUUAUUCUCUGAUGAUGAUAUCUCAAGAAAUGAAUUAGUUAUGAGAAUUCAACCAGGUGAAGCUGUUUACUUAAAAUUAUUAUCAAAGAAACCAGGUUUAGAAAAUAAAAUUGAACAAACUGAAUUAGAUUUAUCAUAUCGUCAUAGAUUUGAAAAUCUUGAUUUACCAGAUGCAUAUGAACGUUUAAUUCUUGAUUCAAUUAAAGGUGAUCAUAACCUUUUCGUCAGAGAUGAUGAAUUAGAUGUUGCAUGGCAAAUAUUUACACCAUUACUCGAUCAAAUUGAAAAAGAAAAGAUUAAACCUGAACCAUAUUCCUUUGGUUCACGUGGUCCAAAAUCUGCUGAUGAAUUAUCAAAGAAAUUUGGUUUCAUUAGAUCCUUAGGUUAUAAUUGGCCAGGUAAUUCUCCACAAGGUAGUAAAAAAUAA